AUGAAUCAGUCCGGGAACAGAAAUUCGAUUUUUGGCUGGGUCAAAAAUCUCAAGCGAAACGCUUUGCUGAACGACUCCGUCAAUGAAAUAGACGACGAUCUAAGUGGUUCAGAGUCACGAUCCCCCUCACCCGCUGGAGGUGCAUCUGAAUUUCUUCGCCCUCUUCUCAGUCACAAGUCUUGCUCAACGAACAAUGUCAACUCACAGCCAGACUCUAUAUCUCGAAGCUUGUCAAAUUAUGAUAACAGUCUGGGGCUCAGACAGCGCCGGGACUCGUUUCUCCAGAACAACCCGCUUGUAGAUGAGAAUUCCAAGUACUUUGGUGUUCCUUUGGAGAAAGCAAUCAGCCAGGCAGCAGCCAAAAUCUCGAUCUUGGGCUCGGAGUCCAGCACUCUGAGUGACGAAGAUGUUCUACAUUACGGGCGCAUUCCAAUUGUGGUUGCCAAAUGUGGCGUGUAUUUGAAAAACAACGGCCUCAACGUCGAAGGUAUAUUCCGCGUGGGUGGCUCUUCAAAACGGAUAAAAGAGCUCCAAAUUAUAUUCAAUUCUCCACCAGACUUUGGGAAAAGGCUUAAUUGGGACGGGUUCACUGUGCAUGACGCGGCAUCAGUGCUUCGCCGCUACUUGAAUGCUUUGCCUGAACCACUAAUCCCACUAGAUCUCUACGAAGAGUUUAGAGAUCCCUUAAGAUCCAGACUUCGAAUUAUCAAGUACUUGAAGUAUAAGGCCAACAACUCUCGGAAAGCUCCUCGUCGUGACUUGACAUCUGUCGCACCAGCGGCCGUGACUGGUAGAUCCGAUUCCCAAUCGAGUCCUGUGAAUGAGCAAUCCUUCCUGACACAGAAGUCCCAGGAGACCCAGAAAGAAAACGUGUUUGCCUCUCAUUCCGUCGUCAAAGACAACGAAAAAGAUGCGCAGGCACGAAAUAUCUCGAUUCCGGGUGACAAAGGAAAGAAGCUGUCAAAGCUGGAACCAUCUAAAAAACCCAAGAGUUACAAAAAUCUCACACGCGAUGUGUACAGCGCUAUUGAAGAUUACAAGCAACUUCUCGGUGACCUCCCGUCUCUCUCAAAGCAAUUGUUAUUCUACAUUCUAGAUUUACUCGCCAUGGUUCAAAGCUUUUCUAAUGAAAACUUGAUGUCAUCUCGAAACUUAGCUGCUAUAUUUCAGCCGUCCAUUCUACUGCAUCCAUCACAUGACAUGGACCCAGAAGAGUACGCACUAUCUCAAUCGGUAGUCGAAUUCUUGAUACAAUAUUCGUACAAGCUUCUACCCAAUAGCGAACCAAGACAAGAAUCAUCUUCAGCAUCUGUGGAGUCAAGCAGCAAACAAGUGGCAAAACCUCCUUCAAGAGACCCUUCCAAAAGACAACAUAGUAAGUCUCUCUCGGCUCCAAAUCUUGAAGUCGAUUUUAUUGGGUACCGUGCCACUGUCAAGCCUAUGCGGAGUUUUGCGCUCUCCGAUACAGACCAUGACUUUGUCAGUGCAAGCAGUGAAGAUGAAGAUGGUUUCGGAAAACAUGUGAUACCCACUUUUCAUCUGUUUAAUGCUCGGCAAUCAGGCCAGAACGAGGAGAGUGCUCCAUCUUUGCAGCAGCUUAUUGAGCCUGCAGCUUCGCGCGAAGUGCCUUUAGUAGUUCUAGAUGACCACAAGUAA